GAAAGCCAUCGUCCUCGUGAACUUUCCAAAGAGUUGAAAAUCACAAAACUUAGCACAGAGAAGAGAGAUCGAUAGAUUGAAGAAGUCAUGGAUGUUUCAGGAAGCUUGACUUGCGUUGUUGUUGCGGUAGAUGGAAGCGAGGUGAGUAUGGAAGCUCUGAGGUGGGCUCUGGACAACCUCAAGCUCUCAUCGUCUUCUCCCGAUUCAUCAUUCGUCGUGCUCCAUGUCCAGCCUUCGCCAUCUGUCGCCGCCGGCGUCAGUCCCGGAACUAUCCCUUUCGGCGGUCCCAGUGGUCUUGAGGUUCCUGCUUUCACCGCUGCAAUUGAGCAACACCAGAAGCGGAUCACCGAUACUAUCCUCCAACACGCUCAUCAAGUUUGUGCUGAGAAAUCAGUAAAUGUGAAAACCCAAGUGGUUAUUGGGGAUGCCAAGUAUAAGAUCUGUGAAGCUGUAGAGGAUUUGCAUGCUGAUCUACUUGUCAUGGGUUCCCGGGCUUAUGGCCGCAUUAAGAGAAUGUUUCUGGGAAGUGUAAGCAACUACUGCACCAACCACGCGCAUUGUCCUGUUGUGAUAAUUAAACCAAAGGAGGAUUCUUCAGCAUAAACAGGAGACAUGUACACGUGCAAAGGGAUAUCAAAACCAUCUUUUUUAUUUUGUGAAGCUAUGGAAUGGAAGCAAAGUUACGAAUCCCGCAGCUUACUUCCUAAAGCAUUGGUGUGGAUGUAAGUUAAUAAGAGCAACAUAAACAUUGUUUGGCUCAGUAUAUGUGUUGUAUUCAUAUUCAUCGUUUUAUUUUUUUAUAGUUGAUGAUUGAAUAUUGUUGUUACAUCAAAUCAGUGUGAAGGACAUUUACAGAGCUAACUGGUUGUCAAUAUAGGCUAGCUCGUAAGAUAUUCCUGAACGUUGACCAUCAUCCCUGAUUGAUUUGCCGCCUUGUGGGGUGUUCAAACU